AUGGAGGAGGCAGUAGCAAAAGGCGUGGCAAGUAUUACCAUCCGAGGGGUCAAAGCUUCAAGAGAGGAGGAUAUGCACAUCAAGGUCCAGGAGGCUUCAGAAAAGAAUGCUCAUGAUCAGUUUCAGCGUGGCAAGGGUAGAGGAAGUCAGAGUUGUUGCUUCAAUUGUGGCUUGCCUGGUCAUUUUGCGAGGGAUUGCACUCGUGGGAAGAACCCGAAUGCGGGUCAGAGUCAGCACCAGGGGCGAGUCUUUGCUGUGAAUGCCAAGGAUGCUUCCAAGGCGGAUCCAUUGAUGAGAGGCUUGAAAGUGUCAGAGUUACCUUUUGAUCUGCAUGUACAUACCCCACAUCAGACAGUUAUGACUAGGUCAGGUUGUAAACAAGUAGGCUUCAAGCUUGAGGGUAGAGAUUUUGUACAUGAUUUGAUCUGUUUACGUAUGGUUGGGUUGGAGAUGAUUUUGGGGUUCGAUUGGCUGUCGAAGAACCGGGUUUUGUUGGAUUGCUUUGAACAGACAAUUCGGUGUAUGCCGGAAGGAGAGAGUGGGGCAGUUAUAACCGUAGGAUAUUAUCUGAACUCGGUCCCGGUAGUUAGGGAUUUUCCGGAGGUAUUUCCGGAAGAUAUUCCUGAGUUCCCUCCUCAAAGAGAGAUCGAGUUUGCGAUUGAAUUGGUGCCGGGAGUCAGACCAGUGUCGAUUGCAUAG